GCCGCCCGGGUGCUGAACCGCCCCUCCCCCACCCCCGGCCGCCCCGACACCGGGACCCUCCCCCCGCAGCCGCUGGGGCAGGGGGCGCAGCGGAGCCAGGAUGAGUGGGGGGGUCUAUGGAGGAGAUGAGGUGGGGGCGCUCGUCUUUGACAUCGGCUCGUUCUCAGUCCGAGCUGGCUACGCCGGAGAAGACUGCCCCAAGGCGGAUUUCCCCACCACGGUGGGGCUGCUGGCCCCCGAGGAGGCGGCGCUGGAGCUGGACGGGGACAAGGAGAAGAAGCCGGGGAAGGUUUAUUACAUCGACACCAACUCGCUGCACGUCCCGCGGGAGAACACGGACGUCCUGUCGCCCCUCAAGAACGGCAUGAUCGAGGACUGGGACUGUUUCCAGGCCAUCCUGGACCACACCUACGGGAAACACGUGAAGUCGGAGCCCGGCCUGCACCCCGUGCUCAUGUCCGAGGCGCCGUGGAACACCCGGGCCAAGCGGGAGAAGCUGACCGAGCUGAUGUUCGAGCAUUACGCCAUCCCGGCCUUCUUCCUCUGCAAGAGCGCCGUGCUCACCGCCUUUGCCAACGGCCGCAGCACGGGGCUGGUGCUCGACAGCGGGGCCACCCACACCACAGCCAUCCCCGUGCACGACGGCUACAUCCUGCAGCAAGGGAUCGUGAAGUCGCCGCUGGCUGGGGAUUUCAUCUCCAUGCAGUGCCGGGAGCUCUUCCAGGAGAUGAACAUCGAGAUCGUGCCCCCCUACAUGAUCGCUGCCAAGGACCCCGUGCGUGAGGGGGCCCCCCCCAACUGGAAGAAGAAGGAGAAGCUGCCCCAGGUCUCGAAAUCCUGGCACAACUACACCUGCAAUGAGGUGAUCCAGGAUUUCCAGGCCUCGGUGCUCCAGGUCUCCGACUCGCCGUAUGACGAGCAGGUGGCUGCCCAGAUGCCCACCGUGCACUACGAGAUGCCCAACGGCUACAACACGGACUAUGGGGCCGAGCGGCUGCGAAUCCCCGAGGGGCUGUUUGACCCCUCCAACGUCAAGGGUCUUUCUGGGAACACCAUGCUGGGCGUCGGCCAUGUGGUGACCACCAGCAUCGGCAUGUGUGAUAUCGACAUCAGGCCGGUGAGUGCCCCCCCCUCGCUCCCUCCUGCCCUGUGGGCCGGGGGCCUCUCCCCACCCCCCUGUGCCCCCCCUGUGCCCCCCCAGAGCAUGCGCCUCAAACUCAUCGCCAGCAACAGCACCAUGGAGCGGAGAUUCAGCCCCUGGAUUGGGGGGUCCAUCCUCGCCUCGCUGGGCACCUUCCAGCAGAUGUGGAUCUCCAAGCAGGAGUACGAGGAGGGCGGGAAGCAGUGCGUGGAGCGGAAGUGCCCCUGAUGCAGCCGGCGCCCCCUGGCGGUGGGGCUGGGGGGCCCAGGGGCAUCUGCCCUGGGGGUCCCGCUCCCCUCCCCACCCCUCUCCAGCCUGUCCCCAAGUUGCGUUUCCAACCAUUGUGCUCACAACACCUUUGGUGGGGGGAGAGGGUCCAAUCCCCCCGUCACAGCCCCCCAUGGGCUGUGCCAUUCUUCCCCCACCCACGGGUGCCCCUCGCUAGCUCCUUCCGUGGUUCGUUAAUUGGGUCGGUUCAUUUUCAUGGGUGCGAAUGUGGAC